AUGCCAGCUUCUGAACGGCCUACUCAAUUGCAUUUCCAAAAUUGCAAUGAUCUCAAUAUAAUUGGAAUAACUUCAUUCAACAGUCCAAGAAACCAUAUAGAAAUUAAGGAAUGCAAAAGAGUUAAAAUAACGAAAAUAAAACUCGUAGCACCGGACGACAGUCCUAACACCGAUGGUAUUGAUAUCUCUGAAUCAAGUGAUGUCGAUAUUUACGACACAGUAGUUGGAACUGGAGAUGAUUGUGUAGCUAUAAACAACGGAAGUAUGAAUAUCAACAUUACAAGGAUGAAUUGUGGACCGGGCCAUGGAAUAAGUGUGGGAAGUCUAGGGAGAGAUGGAGAAGAAUCUAUGGUUGAGAAUAUUCAAGUGACUGAUUGCACCUUCGUUAGGACGGAAAAUGGAGCCAGAAUUAAGACAUGGCCGUGUUUAAAAUGA